GUACUUUGCCAUAAUUCAUCCGCUGUAUUCUGUGGCGCGAAUCCUUCAUUGGUUGCGAUCAAACAAAGAGUGGGUGAUUGCGAUGAUAUGGACGUCAGGUGUGGCCAUAGCGUGUGUGCAACUGGUGGUCGUCAGAGCGGUUCCCUUCUAUCACAGGAAGAACCUGUACUACGAGUGUCGCGAAGACUGGGAUUUGGAGAGCGGCCGUAUUUAUACCAUCAUUAUAUUCGUGGCCACAUUCGCACUGCCCGUCGCUAUACUUAUAUUUGUCUACUCGACGAUCGCAUACCAUGUCUUUCGUCACGUGAUUCCCGGCAAUCCUGACUGUCGUCGAGACGGCAAUCAGAUUAAUAGAAAGAUUAAGGUGAUCAAGAUGUUGAUGACGAUCGUGAUGUUGUUCGGUGUGUGUUGGCUACCGAUCCAUGUCUUCAGUUUA